AAGAAAGCAACAAAUAUUUCAUUUCAAAAAUCUCCACAAUUUCCACUACACUAUUUCAAAAAAUAAAAAAUGAUACCCUGCAUCAUUAUAGAUGAUAAACACAUUGAUUUUUAUUUAUAUAAAUGAUGACACAAUUUCCCAAAUUCCCUAUCUAAGGAAGCAAGAAAUCUCUUCCUUGGAGAGUCUCUUUCACAAGAAACCCAAUAACACAUCAUAUACUCUUCCUCUCUCCCUCCCUCCAUUCUUUAAUUUCUGACAAAGAAUGCUUCCUCAAUUCUGCAUUCUCUUGUUUUGCAUCUUCUUCCUCUCUCUCUCUUCAUUUAUCUCAUCCUACAAUCUCUCUCUCCCCCAUCAACACCCUGACCCUGAAGCUGUUGUCCAGCAUGUGCAGAGGAGUGUUAAUGCCUCAUUUUCAAGAAGGCAUGAGCUCCUCUCCGCCCCAAUCCCAACCGGCAUUGCCCAAUGCCUCACCGGAAACCCCAUCGACGACUGCUGGCGCUGCGACCCCAAUUGGGGCUCCAACCGACAGCGCCUAGCCGACUGCGCCAUUGGCUUUGGCCGUGGCGCAAAGGGGGGGAUGGGAGGCCGUUACUACGUUGUAACGGACUCCUCUGACCGCGACGCGGAGAACCCUAUCCCGGGCACCCUCCGCCACGCGGUCAUCCAAGACGAGCCCCUCUGGAUCAUCUUCCAAUCAAGCAUGGUGAUCAAGCUCAAGCACGAGCUCAUCUUCAACAGCUACAAGACCGUGGAUGGCCGCGGGGCCAACGUGCACAUCACUGGGAACGGCUGCAUAACCCUCCAAUAUGUCAGCAAUGUGAUCAUCCACAAUGUGCACAUAUACAACUGCGUGCCAUCGGGGAACACGAUUGUGAGGUCGAGCCCUUCACACGCCGGUUGGAGGGGGAAGUCGGAUGGGGAUGGGAUAUCCAUCUUUUCAUCGAGGAACAUUUGGAUUGAUCAUUGUGCUCUGUCACAUUGCACAGAUGGCUUGAUUGAUGCCAUCAUGGGAUCAACUGCCAUAACCAUUUCUAACAGCUAUUUCUCCCACCAUGAUGAGGUUAUGCUGCUUGGCCACAAUGACAAUCACUUGGCUGAUUCAGGGAUGCAGGUGACUAUAGCGUUCAAUCACUUUGGGGAGAAGCUUGUGCAGAGGAUGCCGAGGUGCAGGAGAGGAUACAUUCAUGUAGUGAACAAUGAUUUCACGGAAUGGCAAAUGUAUGCAAUCGGAGGAAGUGCUAGUCCCACCAUUAAUAGUCAAGGAAAUCGGUAUAUGGCACCAGCUGAUCCUAAUGCAAAGGAGGUAACAAAGCGUGUAGACACGGACGAGGAUGAGUGGGCCGGGUGGAACUGGAGGACGGAUGGGGACAUUUUGGUGAAUGGCGCCUUCUUUGUGCCAUCCGGUGCAGGGGUCAGCAUGCAGUAUGCUAAGGCGACAAGCGUCGAGGCAAAGUCUGCUGCCCUCAUCGACCAACUCACCAUGAAUGCCGGUGUUAUUGGUGGCCAAAGGGACAAUGGUUUUAGCAUAUCAUAUGGGGGAGGGGGCAGGGCUACCGGCGCAACCAGUGACGGCGGUGGUGGGCCCGACGGCAGCGGCAGCGGCUAUGGUGAUGGCGACACCUAUAGUAUGAUAUUUGGGAGCGGCGCGCCACCAACUCAAUUAUCUCGGCCACCCACCACUAUCUUAUUAUCUCUUAUAAUUAUUUUAGUUUUGUAUACCAUCACCAAUUGUGGUGCUUCACUAUCAUCACUCUCACUAUAGCUAUAGAAAAAUUGAACAAAUUUGGCAAAUGUUAUACAAAGGAAAAAAAAAGAGAGGAGAUUAAUGAAGAAGUUUUAGAAUUCAAAUAAAAA